AUGGCCGACCUGAUUGAUCCGACAGCAAAGGGCAACUAUCCCAUCAUUCUCGGCGAUGGCUUGCUGGGGAAAACGUCCAACGAGAUCUUUACAGGCAUUCGCUAUAACCACAAACCGUCCUUCCCUGCGUCCGACGCACGAUUAAAGCCCUCUCUUCCCGGAAAAACGAGCUCCUACGACCUGAACUUUUCCAACUCGGACGGAACAGUCGGAUUUGCCGGAACACGCUCGACCGACGAUGACGACUAUGUCUUGUGGUUUGACCCCGAGCGCAAGGCGUUUAUUCUUGACAAGGUCGACUCGACGUUUAAUAUGAAUCUCACGCGUAUCCCUGGGAAUAGCAACCCGGAGGAACUACGGCGGCGAUACCCUCAUCUAGAGAACGGCCAAAAGGUGGGAGACAAGAAGAGCGGAGCAAACAAGGACAAACUCAAGUCGACACCAAAGGCUGAUGAGAAGAGCAUUACCGUCCAGACCAAGGAGAUGCAGAAGAAGUUUGAAAAGAAGCACCUUGACAAGAAGUCUUCCGACAAGGUGUUCCUCGAGAAGAAACCCCUAGUAGAGAAGAAACCCGUCGACAAGAAACCGCUGCUCGACAAGAAGCUGACGGAUAGAAAGCCGACGGAUACGGAGAAGAAUACGCCGGAGAAGAAUACGCCGGAGAAGAAUACGCCGGAGAAGAAAUCAGUAGAUAAAAAGCCGACCGAGAAGAAAUCGUCGUUGGAGAAGAAGAUGUUUGAGAAGAAACAACUGGGAAAGCCGCUUCCCAAAAAGAUUGACCUCAAACUUCCCGUGCCGGAACCGCCCAAGCCAUCAGAGUCCAAGCCUCGAAAGAAGAAGGAUGAUGAUGAAGAUGAGGAAGAUGAAGACGAUGAUGGUGAUCUUCUCAUCGAAUAUCCCGGCGCAGAGGCCCCGGCUAGACAGACUCAUUUCUCGCCGGCCUUCCCUGCCCCUCGGCGCUUUGAUGACUUCAUGGACCAGCGUGAAUCCGAAGUGGAGGAGGAAGAGGAAGAUGAGCCCAUGGACGUGGAUGAGGAGGAGGAAGAGGGAGAAGAGGAUGGGGAUGCAGGAGCAGGAGGAGCCAACGACACUGCCGAUUUGGAAUACGACUUGGAACAAGAAUUGGAAAAUGCCUUUGAAAAAUUGGAUAACAACGACCAAGAUAAUGGCUACUAUUACAGCAACAACAAUGGCAACGACGAUGACGAAAGCGAAAUCAGUGAGGAAGAUUAG